CACGUGUGUGCACGUCGGUAUACUAAGGAGGAAUGGGCAGUAUUUGCACAUUUUGAUGACACUGACUAAUUACUGAUGCCUCGCUUCAUUGUGACGUGAAAGAUGGUUCCUCCUUUCAGCGCUUUAUUUAUCUAUAUAUCUAUAUAUAGGAGCAGCCCGAUGUAUGAGACUCUAUAAGGUCGACUGGAAAUAACAUCGAGCAGCUACUUGUGGACUUUUUUUUUUCUUUUCCCAAACGAAGUUAAGUGCCUACAAUGAAACCUCAGGACAUUAUAAAGGAAAAGAGCAGCCUGUGGAUAUUUGGCUAUGGCUCCCUAGUGUGGAAACCCGAUUUUGAAUACAAGAGAAGAAAAAUAGGGUACAUUAGAGGAUACAAGAGACGGUUCUGGCACGGAGAUGACUUCCAUCGAGGGGACAAGGAAAAGCCAGCCAGAGUUGUCACACUAAUAGCAGAUGAGGAGGCUUGCACGUGGGGCGUGGCCUAUGAAGUGACUGAGUGCCAGGUCGAAGCGUCUCUUCAGUAUUUAAACAUGAGAGAGGUUGUCCUGGGCGGGUACAUAACAGAGAUGGUGGAAUUCAUGCCUAAAGAGGGUCACGGUUCAGUGUUGUCCCUUGUUUACAUCGCCACACCUGACAACCCCAUCUACCUUGGGCCGGCCUCGGACGUGGAGAUUGCCGCCCAGAUUGCCAUCUGCAGAGGCAACACCGGCCACAACAUUGAGUACCUGGUCCGCCUUGCAGAAUUUAUGAGGCACCACUGUCCGGAGGUGGAGGAUGAGCACCUUUUCUCUAUCGAGACAGCUGUUUUGAACAUUUUCAGCAACUGCAGAGAGCUCAAAUCCAACGACAGGAAAUCCCUGCUGCUGGAAGUUAUAUAAAAAACUGCACACAGAGUAAACUCCACUUUUUAUGAAAAUAAUUUUCAUUUUGGUGGAAAAAGAAAUGAAGUCUUGGUAAAUAUUUCAAGGGUAAAUGGUGCUUAAAAAGGAAAUACUUUAUUUGGUUUCAACUAAAAGGGAGAAAACUAUCUCUUGUCACUCGGAAAUCUAUGACAUUCUCAUCUCAUCUCAUUUUUCAUCUGUGAUCACAGACACUUUAAUAUACAGGCGAUUCUCAUUGUAUUUCAUAUUGCACACAAAAAUCAGCACAUCAUGUUUUUAAGAUUCCACACUUUCCACAGAGAAGGUCGGACCUUUUUAUGAUAUGUUAUGAUAUUGUAACCUUGUUAAUAUUAUGCAAUGUUAAUGCACAUUUUUUUAA